AGGAAGCGGGAGGACUGGUAUCAAACGUAAAAAUGUCUACUGGGUCUGGAAGAGUGCGAACUUGUGAUGCUGCAUUUGGAUUCUAAAAAAAUCUGCAUUGCAUGAGCAGCAAAGGGAAUGCAAUUUUGGCUACGCGGAGAGGGCAUUUGUCAUGCGGAAUAGGUAUCACGAAGCCCUCAAAAAGUCUGUGAUGCUAGGGCAUGCAUCACAGACAUCGUGGCCCAGGCAAAACGUGCAUGACAAGUUUCAAUAUCUUCCAGCCCCAGACAUUUUUACAUUUGAUAACUGGCUGCGAUCUACAAGUCGAACGUGCAGGAACCCUAUUGUGAGGAAAAAUCCCCCGACGUCCCCAUAUCGAAAAAGUAGUACGUCGCAGAGAAUUUGCAAUGCUGAUUUUUUGGGGUCACAAAUCAUCUCUGUCUUGCAAAAAGGCAACUCCACAGACAACCGCCGCAUACAUUAUGCAGGCGGUUUGUGAUGCUGUUAGGCCUCCAGCGCAGACGUUUCCCAUGCUGAGCGCCUAGACCAAAACCGCUCUACUUAGGCUUGGCGCGGGCCUGCAGUCUUCUUCAGCAAAACAAAUCUGAUUUGUGUACGCAAAUCCAGCAUCACAGACUUCGUUUCGAUAUGGGGAGGGGGGAUUUUUCAUUUUGAUAAGCCCGGCACCCGCACCACCAAGCAGCAGACCGUC